CCCCCCUGGGGGAGUCACGUAGCUCUGCGGCAUCCGCAUCCUCAUUUACCCGAGCCAGGAGCCAGUACCGCGACUGCAGCUGUUGCUCCUCUGGACCAGAGCUGUGCCUGCGGCUGCUGCUAUUGACUGGCUGCACACAGAGAGCUGUCACCAUGCCCCACUCAUACCCAGCCCUUUCUGCUGAGCAGAAGAAGGAGUUAAAUGACAUUGCCCUCCGGAUCGUGGCCCCGGGCAAAGGCAUUCUGGCUGCAGAUGAGUCUGUAGGCAGCAUGGCCAAGCGGCUGAGCCAAAUAGGGGUGGAGAACACGGAGGAGAACCGCCGGCUGUACCGCCAGGUGCUAUUCAGUGCUGACGACCGUGUGAAGAAGUGCAUCGGAGGGGUCAUCUUCUUCCACGAGACACUCUACCAGAAAGAUGAUAAUGGUGUCCCGUUUGUUCGUACCAUCCAAGACAAAGGCAUUGUCGUGGGCAUUAAGGUUGAUAAGGGUGUAGUGCCUCUAGCUGGGACUGAUGGAGAAACCACCACUCAAGGGCUGGAUGGGCUCUCGGAACGCUGUGCCCAGUAUAAGAAGGAUGGUGCCGACUUUGCCAAGUGGCGCUGCGUGCUGAAAAUCAGUGAGCGUACACCCUCAGCACUUGCCAUUCUGGAGAAUGCCAACGUGCUGGCCCGCUAUGCCAGCAUCUGCCAGCAGAAUGGCAUUGUGCCUAUUGUGGAGCCUGAGAUCCUGCCUGAUGGAGAUCAUGACCUCAAACGCUGCCAGUAUGUUACAGAGAAGGUCCUGGCUGCUGUGUACAAAGCCCUGAGUGACCAUCAUGUGUACUUGGAGGGGACCUUGCUCAAACCCAACAUGGUGACCCCUGGCCAUGCCUGUCCCAUCAAGUAUAGCCCAGAGGAAAUUGCCAUGGCAACUGUCACAGCCCUGCGUCGCACUGUGCCCCCAGCUGUCCCAGGAGUGACCUUCUUGUCUGGAGGUCAGAGUGAAGAGGAGGCAUCACUCAACCUCAAUGCCAUCAACCGCUGCCCCCUUGCCCGGCCCUGGGCCCUCACCUUCUCCUAUGGGCGUGCCCUGCAGGCCUCUGCGCUCAAUGCCUGGCGAGGGCAACGGGACAACGCUGGGGCUGCCACUGAGGAGUUUAUCAAGCGGGCUGAGGUGAAUGGGCUUGCAGCCCAGGGGAAGUAUGAAGGUAGUGGAGAAGAUGGUGGAGCAGCUGCACAGUCUCUCUACAUUGCCAACCACGCCUACUGAGUCCCCACCGCACACCACAGCCCGUGGGCCAGCCGCGUGCGCCUACUCUUGUCUGUAGUCAGCCAGGGCUAACGAGCAAUGCAGAACAGAGAUGCCUUCAUUCAGCACCAAGCCUUCUUCCUCUUCUCUUCACCCUUCCCCCUCUCAUUGCUGUACCGGGACCAUAGGAUGGGAGGAUAGGGAGCCCUUUGUGAUUGAGGGCAGAAGAACUUGCUAGAAGUCAGAAUAGGAUGCCUGGGUCUCCCCUGCUUUUGCCAGCCCCAACAAUUUCCCCAUGAUGGGAAGCUUUUCCUUGGGAUCAUCUUGCUUGCCCUCUCUCCUAGACUCAGAGGGUAGUACACUCAUGCCUUGAGUACAUACAACAUAGCAAAUAAAUGACAGCAAAACAU